AUGACGGAGCACCGGGCGCUGCCGGCACAGCCACCGGCGUGCAUGGCACCCCUGGCCCUGGCUGAGCCCCCUCCUCUGUCCCCAGUGGCGCAGACGCGGUUCGUGGAGGAGCCGGAGGACCAGACGGUGGUGGCCGGCCAGAAGAUCGUCCUCUCCUGCGUGGUGCUCAAUUACUCCGGGAUCGUGCAAUGGACCAAAGACGGCCUCGCCCUGGGGAUGGGGCAGGGGCUCAAAGUCCCCCCCGAGGACCCCAUCAUCGACGGAGCCCCCGAGAUCCUGCUGCGUGCGGGGACGCCGUACAACCUGACCUGCCGGGCACGCAGCGCCAAGCCAGCGGCCACCAUCGUCUGGUACCGGGACGGGCUCCAGCAGGAUGGAGCCAUCACCAGCACGGAGGUGUUGGCCGACGGCAAGCGGGAGACAACCACCAGCCAACUUGCCAUCAACCCAACUGACCUCGACAUCGGGCGGGUGUUCUCCUGCCGCAGCACCAACGAUGCCAUCCCGGCGGGCAAGGAGACCUUUGUCAAGCUCAAUGUUCACCAUCCCCCGACUGUCACCCUGUCCAUCCAACCCCAGACGGUGCAGGAGGGCGAGAGGGUCAUGUUCACCUGCAUGCCGCUGGCGUGCGUGUGGCCCGCCCCCCCGCCGCUGACCCUCACCUGGACGAAAAAGGAGUCCAACAUGGUCCUGAGCAACAGCAACCAGCUGUACCUGAAGUCCGUCACCAAAGCCGACGCGGGGCAGUAUGUCUGCAAAGCCAUCGUCCCCCGCAUCGGUGUGGGCGAGCGGGAGGUCACCCUCUUCGUCAACGGUCCCCCCAUCAUCUCGAGCGAGGCCGUGCAGUACGCGGUGCGUGGGGACCGCGGCAAGGUGGAGUGUUUCAUCGGCAGCACGCCACCCCCGGACCGCAUCGUGAGUGCCGCAGAGGGGGGACCCGGGGUGGCGGGGGAGGUCUUGCCCGUGGGCAUCAUCGCCGGUGCCACCAUUGGGGCCAGCAUCCUUGUCAUCAGCUUCCUCGUCGCGCUCGCCUGUUUCCUCUACCGGCGCCGGAAAGGAAGCCGUAAGGACGUACCCCUGGUCACCCUUCAGCAUCCUUCCCUGCCCCACGUCGGAAUGGAUGGGACCAGGGAGGAACGAGCCCAUCUCUCCCCUCCUUUCCUGCAGUCGUUCAAGGACGACGUGGACUUGAAGCAGGACCUUCGCUGUGACACCAUUGACACCCGCGAGGAGUACGAGCUUAAGGACCCCACCAAUGGCUACUAUAAUGUCCGCGCCCACGAGGACCGCCCGUCCUCCCGCACCGUCCUCUACGCCGACUAUCGCAACCCCGGCCCGGCACGCUACGACACCCGCCCACCCUCCCGCCUCUCCCACUCCAGCGGUUACGCUCAGCUCAACACCUACAGCCGCGGUCCGGCGUCCGACUACAACGCCGAAGCGGCACAGGGUCCCGGACCCCCUCCCGGCACGGCGGGUGGUGAGACGGCAAGUCAACUCUCCUACGAGAACUACGGGGGUCACGCUGCCUUCCCGGCCAGCGCCGGUUACGCCACCUAUCGCCUGGGGUACGGCCAACCCCCCAGCCUGGACCGGGCACCCUACGAUGCCUACGACCCCAUGGGCAAGUACGCCAGCGCCACCCGCUUCUCCUACCCCUCCCAUUCCUUCUUCUCGUGCUUCGGCAGCGCUGGCGCCCAGCCCCAGCAGGUGAAUGGUGUCCUUGGGGGGUCCGUGCUGCUCUCCCCGGCUCUGCCCCCCAACAAGACGGUGAAGGAGAUCGAAUGGAGCUUUUCAGCUGGCGCCGGUGCCACCAUCCAAGUGGCAGAGUUCGGCCCCGGCGGCUUCGAGCGCCCCGACCCCAAGGACCGGUUCAAGGAGCGGCUGGAGAUGUUCAACACGACGGCGCUGAAGAUCAGGGCCCUGGAGCGGGAUGACAGCGGGGUCUACAGGGCUCGGAUUAAACUGCAGCCGGCGCUGGUGGAGGAUCAGUCCUUCAACCUCUCUGUCUACGUGCCGCUGCUGGACCCCGAAAUCCAGAGCUGGCUGCUUUCAAAGAGCCCCGAGUGGUGCCACCUCCUGCUGCAGUGCCACGUACCCAGAGGGACCGAGGGCACCGUCAGCUGGAUGAUACCCCGUGGGGACGCGGUGGGGGUCAGGGUGCAUCCCCUCUGCAGCGGGAUGCUCCACGUCGGGGUGCAGCCCGGCUCCCCCAACACCACCCUCACCUGCAGGGCUUGGCAGGAGAGGAGCCGGUCCAUAGACCUGGCCAGCGUGUGCUGGAGCAGAG